AUGGAUCUAUGCUCCAUCCAUGUGAAAAACACGAGAUACAGUCACAGGGCAGCUAUUCUGCUGAGAAAUUCAAUCCAAGAGAAACCCAUUUCUAAAUGGGAUUCUUCUUCAAGGAGCAGCCUGAUGAUGGCACAAACACAUGGCGGGUUUCUUAGAGUUCUUGAGAUGAGGGUCUCUGAAAGAAGGAAGCCUCACAGAUGCCAUCCUUUCGUGGUCAGAGCUGUUGGGAAGAAGAAUAGCCGCAACUUCAAUAAUAAUGAUUCCGAUGAUUCGUCUUCUUCUUCUUCUUCGGAGCAAGAACAAAAGGAAGGAGAUAGCCAGAAAGGAAGUAAUGCUUCUGAAAGUAAUAAGUCAAAAGACAGUGGAUCUCAAAAGCCCAAGCGUAAGCCCUUGGAUUGGAGGGAGUUCAGAGCAAGCCUCUAUAUUCAGGAGCAGACUGAAACGGUCGCAUUUGACAACCAUAAGGAAGAAAGGGAAUCUCUGAUGGGGCCGAAUUCUCUUCCACCAAAGUGGGCCCACCCAAUUUCUGCUCCAGAGAAUGGUUGCCUUCUAGUUGCUACAGAAAAGCUCGAUGGAGUCGAUUCAUUUGAAAGAAGUGUAGUUCUGCUUCUGAGAUCUGGAACCAGGCAUCCUCAAGAAGGACCAUUUGGAAUAGUUAUAAAUCGUCCCUGUCACAAGAGGAUCAAUGAUAUGAAAUCCACAAAUCCUGAUCUGAAAAAGACAUUUGCAGAGUCCGACGUGCAUUUUGGGGGACCCCUUGAAGCCAGCAUGUUCUUGUUGCGUGCUGGGGAGAAUGCAUCACUAGUUCAUGGUUUUGAAGAGGUUAUGCCAGGAGUAUGUUUUGGCGCUAGAAAUAGUUUGGAAGAUGCCUGUGCACUGGUAAAGAAAGGCGUGCUUAAGCCUAAGGAUUUCAGAUUCUUUAUUGGGUAUGCUGGCUGGCAGUUUGACCAAUUAAGGGAUGAGAUUGAUUCAGAAUAUUGGUAUGUAGCGGCAUGUAGUUCAAACUUGAUCUUUGGGGGUUCAGAAAGCUCUUCUUCGUCAGAGGGUCUAUGGGAAGAGAUUUUGCAGUUAAUGGGUGGUCACUACUCGGAAUUGAGCCGCAAGCCAAAGCAGGAUAUUUAG